AUGCUCGCCAUCUUCCAGACCAUCAGAAAGAACCGGCGCGAGAACAAGGAAAAGCGCCGGCGCUAUAAAGCCCUGGGCGGCACACCCAUCGAGCGCCGCGCCCUCCGCCAGCUGAUCCCGGUGCACGUCCGCGCGCCGCAGCACAUCUCGUCCAACAACCCGGACUACUGGCCGUCGAUAUGGCGCGCCGUGCAGCAGGAGACGCGCGCCGCCGUGCAGGCCCGCGUGGACGAGGAGUCGGCCGCCGGGCGCGGGAGCCAGGUCUGGUACUCGUUCCGCGCCGAGCAGGGCCGGAUGGUACACCGCGCCCUGCUGGUCCACGGGCACAGGUACGAGCUGCGGCGGCACCGGGACACCAAGACCGUCAUCGACGUGCAGCCGUGCGAGGUGCGGGACGAGCUCAUCCGGGCUGCGACGACGCCGUGCCAGAGCCUGGCGACGGGCGGCCACAUCGUCUGUCUGGUCGGGUGGACGAGGGCGCCCAAGGAUGCGGUGGACAAGCUCUGGGACAAGGCCAUCGCGAGGCCGAACGAGGGCCAGGUCAGGGAUCCAAAGAGCCAGUUUAGACGGUUUGCGUCCCUCGUCUCCAUGGACCAGGCCCGGGACGCCAGCUGGGUUGUGCUCAGCACGGGCUGGACUUUCAACAGGCCGGCGCAUGGGCUGUAUGAUCCGCCUGCGUGUGUGGCAGCGACAUGGUCCGAGAGGAUAUCCAGAGUACGGCCGAUGCUGAGCCCGCAGCAGGCUCAGAUAGCAGAUCAGAACAUCGCGUGGCUGCAGCACUAUAUCCUAGCCCAGGAGAAUUCGUAUGUGACCAGCGUGUCUCAGAAGCGUGAUGCCUCGGGUGAUCCGCAUGGCGGAACUGGAGGUUCAGGUGUCAGCAGUGAUUCUCAAUGGGCAAUGGCCGAGGAGGGCGGCACCAGCAACGGCGGCAACGGCCAUGACGGAGGUUCCUACGACUCGGGCGAUGGAGGGAAUGCAUAUGGCGGUCCUGAUGGAGGAGAUGGAGGAGGAGGCGGCGAUGGUGGCGGCGGCGGAGGUGACUAA